AUGGCUGAUAACUACGACCCAAUUGAGAAAGAUAUAAGUCAAGUUCCUAAUGCUAAUCACCCGUUUGAAAAUGAGACAAUGACUCUUUUGGCAAGCGCUACGAACCCUAGUGUUACAAAAUUACAGGUCAACGACUUAGUCUCAGGUUCAAGGCCAUCGGCUUUACUACCCUGCUCGGCUAAUAAUAAAGUUAAGAGUGAAAAGGAAUUGGAAAAAGAACGUAAAAAGGCGGAAAAGCAAGCAAAGUUCGACCAAAAAAAGAACAAGACAGUUACAUCGAGCAUUGCAACAACCAGCAAAAAUAAAGAGAAGAAAGCUACAGCGCUGAAAAAAUCUGAGAAUGAAAUUCUCCCAGACUACAUUGAAGAUACCCCCUUUGGCGAGAAAAAAAUAAUUAAAUCAUUUGAAAACCCCUACUUCAAAGCAUACAAUCCAAUCGCUGUUGAAUCCGCGUGGUAUGCAUGGUGGGAGAAAGAGGGAUAUUUUAAGCCUGAAUUUACUACCGAUGGCGAGGUUAAAGCAAAGGGUUCUUUUGUCAUCGUCGAGCCUCCUCCAAAUGUGACUGGAAAUCUGCACAUGGGACACGCUUUAGGAACCGCGCUACAAGAUGUGCUGAUACGAUGGAAUCGCAUGCAUGGUAAAACAACUCUCUGGCUACCAGGUUGCGAUCAUGCUGGCAUCUCUACUCAAAGCGUGGUAGAAAACAUGCUAUGGCGUCGUAAACAGCAAACAAGACAUGACUUGGGACGACCAAAAUUCGUAGAGACUAUAUGGGAAUGGAAAAAUGAGUAUCAUCAAAGGAUAAAUAAUGUUCUCAAAAGAAUGGGUGGAUCAUUUGACUGGAGUCGAGAAGCUUUUACUAUGAACGAAAAUUUCUCUGCAGCAGUCCAAGAGACCUUUGUGUCUCUCCACGAGGAAGGCAUCAUUUAUAGGGCCAAUCGGCUCGUCAACUGGUGUACAAAGCUCAAUACUGCUCUUUCGAAUCUCGAGGUUGUAAACAAAGAGCUAAUUGGUCGAACACUACUUGAAGUUCCUGGAUACGAGAAAAAAAUAGAAUUUGGUGUCAUCAUUCACUUUCAGUAUCCUAUCGAGGGGAUGGAUGAGAUGAUAGAAGUGGCAACCACUCGUAUCGAAACAAUGCUCGGAGACACAGCUAUUGCUGUUCAUCCAGAUGAUCCGCGCUAUCAGCACCUUGUAGGAAAAAUGGCUAUUCACCCCUUUAUUGUAGGCCGGAAAAUGCCAAUUAUUGCAGAUACUUACGUUGAAAGAGAUUUUGGUUCAGGUGCUGUUAAAAUUACACCGGCUCAUGAUCCAAAUGAUUAUGCGAUGGGCGAGCGUCACAAGCUUGAAUUUGUAAACAUUCUUACUGAUGAUGGUAGAAUGAAUGAAAACGCUGGUCCAUAUGCUGGAAAGAAGAGAUUUGAUGUUCGAUAUCAAAUUCAAGAUGAUCUAAAAAAACUUGGUCUAUAUAUUGACAAGAAGGACAAUCCUAUGAGUGUUCCUCUAUGCGAUAAAUCUAAAGAUAUUAUUGAGCCUUUAAUGAAGCCACAAUGGUGGAUGAAGAUGAAGGAUAUGGCGGCGGCAGCUCUUAGCGCGGUAAAAAAUGGUGACAUUAAAAUACAGCCUGAGAGUGCCGAGAAGGCAUAUAUUCGAUGGAUGGAAAAUGUCAACGAUUGGUGUCUAUCUAGGCAACUUUGGUGGGGACAUCAAGUCCCAAUGUACUUUGCCCAAGUUGAGAAUGGAUCGAAUGAUGAAUCUGAUAAUAAUCUUUGGUUUUCUGGAAGAACGCUGGAAGAGGCUGAAGCCAAAGCAAAGAAAUCUUUCCCAAAUCAGGAAUUAACCCUCAGGAGAGAUGAAGAUGUGUUAGAUACAUGGUUUUCCUCUGGACUUUGGCCGUUCGCAACAUUGGGAUGGCCUAAGAAAACUCACGAUUUAGAAAAAUUGUUUCCAACGAAUUUACUGGAAACUGGAUGGGAUAUUCUCUUUUUUUGGGUUGCUCGAAUGAUUAUGUUUAGCUUAAAGAUGACUGGGAAAGUACCUUUCUCAGAAGUAUAUUGUCACUCCUUAAUUCGCGAUUCUGAAGGGAGAAAAAUGUCAAAAUCUCUUGGGAACGUCAUUGAUCCCCAAGAUGUAAUUGAAGGGAUCUUAUUAGAAAACUUGCAUAACAAACUUUCUCAAGGUAACCUUGCGCCCGGAGAAGUGGAGAAGGCCACAAAUUAUCAAAAAACUGCUUUCCCAGACGGUAUACCGCAGUGUGGUACUGAUGCUUUGCGUUUUGCCUUGGUAUCAUAUACUACUGGAGGCGGAGACAUAGCCUUCGACAUCAAGGUAAUUCACGGCUAUCGUAAAUUCUGCAAUAAAAUAUAUCAAGCUACCAAGUACGUCUGUGGGAGGCUAGGCUCGCAAUUCAUACCCCCAAAGACUAGUAAGCCAACACGGGAAGAAUCUUUGGCUGAACGAUGGAUUUUGCACAAAAUGAACAUUGCCACACAGGAGAUUAAUCAGGCCCUUCAGGAUCGUGAAUUUAUGAAAUCUACAACCAUCAUCUACCAAUAUUGGUAUAACCAUCUUUGCGAUGUAUUUAUCGAGAAUUCGAAGACUAUUUUUCAAGAAGGCACAGCAGAAGAAAAGCUAUCAGCCUUAAAUACACUCUACACUGUCCUGGAUUGCGCACUUACGAUGAUCCAUCCAUAUAUGCCUUUUCUGACUGAAGAAUUAUGGCAAAGGUUACCACGUCGUCCAGGGGAUAGGACCCCGUCUAUAGUCUUAGCCCGAUACCCUACAUAUGACGAGCAAUUUGAUGAUCCUUUGGCAGAAACCGCCUAUGAGCUUGUCCUAGGAAUAUCUAAGGGUAUCAGGUCUUUGAUGUCGGGAUAUUCAAUCAAGGAUGAGGGCUUAGUAUUUAUCCAAACCUUUGACACUAUCUCUUCCACUACAGCCUUAGAACAACUUGCAUCGAUAAAGUCUUUAUCUGGAAAAGGCAUUGCCAAAAUUUCCUUACUGAACUCCACUGAUUCGAGACCUUUAGGCUGUGUAGCCUUCACAGUAUCAUCUACCGCUGUUGUAUAUCUUCAAGUAAAGGGCCGAGUUGAUAUUGAGAGUGAAAUAUUAAAAACUACCAUGAAACUUGAAAAGACAACUCAAGGUAUUGCGCGACAGAAAAAGAUACUUGGUGACAAGAAUUACCAAGCGAAAGUUAGUGAACAGUUGCAGGAUGUUGAGAGAAAGAAGCUGCGAGACCUUGAAGUAGAAAAAAAUACAUUUGAGGUGACAAUCAAGCAAUUUGAAAGUAUUAAUUGCGAAUAG